AUGCUCGCUGAGAAGCUCCUCCAGGGGUGGACGAUGCUGGGCGAGAACUGCCCCUACUGUAAUCGGGUGCCGCUGAUGAGACAGAGACAGGGAGGAGACUGGUGUGUAGCAUGCAGCACCUUCGCUCCCUCUAGCCCCGAGCAGCAGAAGCAGCAGCAGCAGCAGCAGCAGCAGCAACAGCAACAGCAGCAAAAGGGGCAGCAGCAGAAGGAGGAGGAUGAAACAGAUGACAGCAGCAGCGAGAAGUCGCCCAAGGUAGAACCAGCAACAGCCUUUGAGCUGAGGGGCUCCUUUGGACUUCAGGCGUCAGAGGAAGAGAAAUUAGCUGCAUGCAGCGCAGCACUAAAGAGGGAAGGUGCAGCAGCAGCAGAAGCGCUGAAGCAGCAGCUGCAGCAGCAGCAGCAGCUGCAGCUGCAGCAGCUGCAGCAAAUGCAAGAUGCCAGCCCACUAACCACAGCUGCCUCCAGCUGCUGCACGCCUUCGGAGGAGUUGGUUAACUGGGGGAAGAAAGUUAUCAGCAACUUACGCCAGCCAGAGCAGCAGCAUCAGCAGCAGCAAACCAAGCAGCAGCAGCAGCAGCAGCAGCAGCAGCAGCAAGCCAAGCAGCAGCGGAAGGAGGCGCAGGAUAGGCGAGAGUUGCUGCAUCACUCGAAGGCCCUCCUCCUCCAACGAAUUCACAGGGACCGGCAGGUACUGGUAGCACUGAAGGAGGCUUUUGAGGCUCUGAAGCUGCUGGACACUAUCGCACAUUAG